AUGGCGUCUCUCAUUUCCUUAUCACCAAGAAGACGGCAAGUACUCCGAGAUCGGAUCUUGUUUGCCCUCCGGUAUGAAACAAUUGACGAACGCGAGGUUCGGAUUCCCAAAGCCUACGAGUCUACUUUUGAGUGGGCAUUCCGUGAUACCACUUCUGAAGGAAAGACCGGCUAUAAUCUCAAGCGCUGGCUCGAAAGUGAUGACCAGGUCUACUGGAUUACCGGUAAAGCUGGCUCAGGAAAGUCAACCCUGAUGAAAUACAUUUGUCAACCCACUGUAUCAAGCGCGAAUUCAAAUUCUGCCUCCUACCCCAGACAUCAUAACGCCAAGCAGCGUAGUCCAGGAUGCAAACCUUAUCUGGACAAGUGGGCUGGCGGCAAGAAACUUGUCAUUGCCUCAUUCUACUUCUGGAACUUUGGAUCGCGACUCCAGAGAACUCGUGCAGGACUUUUUCGGUCGCUGCUGUACGGAAUUCUGUCCCUGGCCCCUGAAUUGAUACCCGAUACCUUCCUUCUCGAUGGGAAUCUUUGUCCAUGUUGGACCUCAAUCCUGGGUCUUGGAAGGAUGCAGAGCUUCAAUUGGCUCUCACUUUAG